GUGUCGUUUGACUCAUCGACUUCCUACUCUGGUACUGACACGCAUUCAGCCCGACUUAUUAUAUUUGUCCACACCCCGCAGGUCCACUCCUAUAGCUGCUGGUUUAUGAUCGGCGGUUUGUUCGGUUACGUGUCACAAAGGGUGCCGAGCUUGUUGUACCGGGUAUCCGCGAUCAUGAAGCCGCAGGUUGUGUUCGUGCUGGGCGGGCCCGGCGCCGGCAAAGGGACCCAGUGCUCCAAGAUUGUGGAGAACUACAACUACACCCAUCUGUCAGCUGGGGACUUGCUGAGGGCGGAGCGAGCCAGGGAAGGGUCUGAGUUCGGACAGCUCAUUGCAAACUACAUCAAAGAAGGCAAAAUUGUCCCUGUGGAAAUCACUAUCAACUUACUCAGGAAGGCAAUGGAAGAAACCAUGCAGAAAGAUGAGAAAAAGUUCCGUUUCCUCAUAGACGGUUUCCCCCGUAACGAGGACAACCUGGAGGGCUGGAACACCGUCAUGGAUGGCAAAGCAGACGUCAAGUUUGUGCUUUUCUUUGACUGCAGUAAUGCGGUAUGCAUUGACCGAUGUCUAGAAAGAGGGAAGAGCAGUGGGCGCACAGAUGACAACAGAGAAAGUUUGGAGAAAAGAAUCCAAACCUACCUGCAGUCCACGCGACCAAUCAUUGAACUGUACGACAGAAUUGGCAAGGUGCGCACUGUAGACGCGUCUCGCUCCAUGGAAGAGGUGUUUACUGAUGUGAAAUCCAUCCUGGACAAAGAGGGUUGAGGUUCUCCAACUGCCAUAAACAUUCAUUGACCUUUUUAGUUUUUAAUUUUAUCAACUGCAAGUACUCUAAAAUAAGUUUAUAUGUCCAUUCAUAUGACUUUUUACUUUGAUUACUUUUUUGUUUAUUUUUUCAUCUAUGUUGUAAAUGCUACUGUGUGUUAGUGAGUGUUCGAAAUGUGUCAGUAUGAAUGAGAGGUAGAGAUACCUAGCAGCUACACGUGAUCAUAAGAUCACCAUCUUUCACCAUAGUCUGAGGCCUUCACAUAGGAACAAAGUGGAUCAUCAGCUUAGAGCAACUCUUUUUUUCCAAUCAAAGGCACUUCUUAAAAGAAUAUUUCACUCAUGUCUUCGAGGAUCAUGUCAACAGAAGCAGAAUGCUUCAGACCAAAUAAUUAGGCUAUUCGACCUGAUAAUGACAGACUUGGAUCAGUUUAAGACUUUAUGGAUCAGAAAUUACCUUUAAAAUGAAAUAAAGAAAACAUUUGUCUGUUCUUUUAUGGAAGGAUCUGCUGAAGCGGGACGAGGUACUUUUGUGACAUGUAGUCAUCAGGUCUAUGCCUGCGUAAUUGACUCUUGAACACCUGUAUGUGCUUCACAGCUUCAAAUUGUUGAACUACUUUAGAACAAACAUGAAGAUAAGAGAUUUGUUGAAUCUGUUGUACUGUAUCUGCCUGAAGGAGGAAGGAUAAAACAGAAAAAUUAAAGACUGACUUUUCUCUUGUGCUUUA